AUGAAUGAACAAAAACGGACAUCAUUAAACCUAUCAAAAAAUAAUAAGUAUAAUUAUGAUAAUAAAAAUAAUUAUAGUUAUAAUACAACUAAUAAGACUAAUCAAGGUAUAUCUAAAAAACGAAAUAGUCAUAAUAAGAAACAUGUCCCUACGAUAAAAGAGCACCACAAUAAUAAAAAUAAUAAUAUUAAUAAAAAAAAUAACAACAACAAUAAUAAUAAUAAAAGUAAUAAUAAUAAUAAUAAUAAUAACAAAUGUGUUAAUAAUAACAACAGUGUAAAUAAUAAAAAUAAUAAUGUAAGUGAUAAAAAUCAAAAUAAUAAUAAUAUUAAGAUUAAUAAGAGAAAUAGCAUUUCGAAAAGCAUAAAUAAGAGGCACAACAACAAUAAUAAUAAUAAUAAUAGAAAUAAUAGUAACAACAACAACAAUAAUAAUAAUAAUAAUAAUAGUAACAAUAAUAAUAACAAUAACAAUAACAAUAACAACAACAAUAAUAACAAUAACAACAAUAAUAACAACAACAAUAAUAAUAACAAUAACAAUAAUGAUGAUUAUUAUUCUAUUCUUGAAGAGCUAGCUAAUUUAGAAAAGCCCAAAUUUAGAUCAGUUCAAGAAAGUAUGGAUGAAAAUUUAAAUUUAGAAUUUUUAAAAUCAUCUAGCGAAAAUUAUACCUAUAAAAUAACGUCUAGGGGACCGGUAUGCUACUCAGCAUUGUAUAGAGAUAACAAAUAUGUAUAUCGACAUAUAAUAUUAAGUGAUAAUGUUAGACAAUAUGCAGAAAAUAAGGUAAGAAAAACAAACGCAUAUCUUACUGAACAAUGUAUUGUCAACGAAUUACAAAUUGACAUAGGAAAAGGAUGGAAACAUUUUAUGAUAUAUGAUGGAAAAUUAAGAGAACUAAUUUUGAGAAAAAAUUUAACAAAUGAAGAUAAAUUAAGAAUGGCAGUUCAUAUGCAGAAAAAUCAUUAA